UCUGCUCUCUGCUCUCUGCUCUCUGCUGCCUGCGACCAUCAACCAAAACGCGAACCAGCUCGCGGAAAGAAUUCAAAAGCGAGUCUUCAUGGCGGCAUUCACAGGAGCGCUGACGACGACCCUUCCCACCGCGCCAUUAUUACAUUCAGAUUCAAUAUCAUCAUCAUCAUCGCCUUCGUCUGCCUUUUCUAAGGUAUGCAAAAGAACCGCUUCUCUGUCUUGCUCUUCUUCCACUUCUAGUACUGCUUCUACUACUAGUUCCUCUACUGGGCAACCGAAUGGCUGCGAUGAUUGCACAAGGAACACGAAAAGCACUCAGAAGUUUAGCUAUGGCAGAGCCUCACCCUCAGUCAGAUGGCCCCAUUUGAAGCUCACUGACACUUAUCCCUCACCUCACACCCAAUUCACUCCUCCACUCACGACCCAUGUUGUGCAAGAUUCCCCUGAUUCCGACUCUGAGGGGAAAGAGGAAGAAGACCUGAAUUUGGGUUCUGUGGGUUCUUUGGAUACGAAUGAUGAAACCCAACAAGUGUUGGGGAGGCCCAGCAAGACUAAGGCCAAGAAAAUGACCAAACUGGCUCUCAAAAGAGCCAAAGAUUGGAGAGAAAGAGUGAAACUUUUUACUGAUAGGAUUUUGGGACUGAAACCCGACGAGUUUGUGGCUGAUGUGUUGGAUGAUAGGAAAGUUCAAAUGACCCCAACUGAUUUUUGCUUUGUGGUGAAAUGGGUGGGCCAGUCGAGCUGGCAGCGUGCAUUGGAGGUCUACGAGUGGCUGAAUUUACGCCACUGGUACUCCCCGAAUGCACGGAUGCUUGCCACUAUCUUAGCAGUCCUUGGAAAGGCUAGCCAGGAAGCCUUAGCUGUGGAAAUAUUCACGAGGGCUGAGCCCGGAACUGGCAAUACAGUCCAAGUGUACAAUGCCAUGAUGGGCGUCUAUGCACGAAAUGGCCGUUUUAAUAAGGUCCAAGAAUUGCUUGAUUUAAUGCGUGAGAGAGGGUGCGAACCGGACCUCGUGAGUCUCAAUACUUUGAUAAAUGCUCGCCUGAGGUCAGGAGCCAUGGUACCAAACUUGGCUAUUGACCUUUUAAAUGAGGUGAGAAGAUCAGGUCUUAGGCCCGAUAUAAUAACUUAUAAUACUCUUAUAAGUGGCUGUUCGCGUGAAUCCAAUUUGGAGGAGGCAGUGAAGGUUUACAAUGAUAUGGAAGCACAUAACUGUCAGCCUGAUCUUUGGACUUACAAUGCCAUGAUUUCCGUAUAUGGGAGAUGUGGAGAAUCGAGCGAAGCUGAGCGGCUCUUUAAGGAAUUGGAGUCGAAAGGGUUUUUCCCAGAUGCAGUGACGUAUAAUUCCUUGUUGUAUGCUUUUGCAAGAGAACUUGAUAUAGAAAAGGUGAGGGAUAUUGGUGAAGAUAUGAUGAAAAUGGGGUUUGGUAAAGAUGAGAUGACCUACAAUACUAUUAUCCACAUGUAUGGCAAGCAGGGCCAGCAUGAUCUAGCGUUUCAGCUUUACAGGGACAUGAAAAUGCUAGGCCGGACUCCUGAUGCUGUUACAUACACUGUAUUGAUCGAUUCGCUUGGAAAAGCAAAUAAGAUAACGGAGGCUGCUAAUGUGAUGUCAGAGAUGUUGGACAGUGGAGUGAAACCCACUCUUCGGACUUAUAGUGCUUUGAUGUGUGCAUAUGCCAAGGCUGGGAAACAAGUGGAGGCUCAAGAGACAUUUGAUUGCAUGGUUAAGUCUGGGAUUAGACCAGAUCAUCUAGCAUACUCAGUUAUAUUGGAUAUCUUUCUGAAGGUCAAUGAGACAAAGAAGGCUAUCACGUUGUAUCAGGAAAUGCUGCAUGACGGUUUCAAGCUGGAUCAUGCCCUCUAUGGGUUUAUGUUGCGGGUGCUUGGAAGAGAAAAUAAAUUGGAAGUCAUUGAAAGAGUGAUCAGAGAUAUGGAAAAAGUUGGUGGUAUGAACCCACAAGUUAUCUCUUCUAUUCUUGUUAAGGGAGAAUGUUAUGACCAUGCUGCUAAAAUGUUGAGAUUAGCCAUCACCAGUGGCUAUGAGUUGGACAGGGAAAGUCUUUUCUCUAUUGUCAGUUCAUAUAGUUCAUGUGGAAGGCACUCAGAAGCAUGUGAAUUGCUUGAAUUUUUGAGAGAACAUGCUCCCGGUUCCAAUCAACUUAUAACUGAAGCAUUGGUUGUCAUACAAUGCAAGGCUCACAGAUUUGAUGCUGCCUUGGUGGAAUAUAGUAAUACCAGAGGGUUCCAUUCUUUUAGUAGAAGUUCAACCAUGUAUGAAAUCCUGAUUCAAGGCUGCGAAGAGAAUGAACUCUUUGGUGAAGCUUCUCAGGUUUAUUCUGACAUGAGAUUAUAUGGUGUUGAACCAUCUGAGCAUCUUUACCAAAUUAUGGUGCUCAUCUAUUGUAAGAUGGGUUUCCCUGAGACAGCCCACCUUUUGAUUGAUCAGGCAGAAAUGAAAGGCAUUUUUUUUGACAAUGUCAACAUAUAUGUUAAUGUUAUUGAAGUCUACGGGAAAUUGAAGCUGUGGCAGAAAGCUGAAAGUUUGGUGGGAAGUCUUAGACAAAGAUGUAAAGCAGUGGAUAGGAAGGUCUGGAAUGCUUUGAUACAAGCUUAUGCUGCAAGUGGUUGCUAUGAGCGAGCUAGAGUGAUCUUUAACACAAUGAUGAGAGAUGGUCCUUCCCCAACAAUUAAUUCUGUAAAUGGUCUUUUGCAAGCUCUGAUUGCUGAUGGGAGAUUGGAUGAGCUCUAUGUUCUAAUCCAGGAGUUGCAAGAUAUGGGUUUAAAAAUAAGCAAGAGUUCAAUUCUCUUGAUGCUUGAAGCAUUUGCUCGAGAAGGUAACAUAUUUGAGGUAAAGAAGAUAUACCAUGGAAUGAAGGCUGCAGGUUAUUUUCCUAACAUGGAUUGUUUCAGGAUUAUGAUCAAGUUAUUGUGCAGGGGAAAACGAGUAAGGGAUGUUGAAGCAAUGGUUUAUGAGAUGGAAGAGGCAGGGUUCAAGCCUGAUCUUUCAAUAUGGAAUUCCAUGCUUAAGUUAUAUGCAGGAAUUAAGGAUUUCAAAAAGACAAUUAAAGUAUACCAGCAGAUUCAAGAAGCUGUACUUCAACCUGAUGACAAUACUUACAAUACUUUAAUUAUAAUGUACUGCAGAGAUUGUCGACCAGAAGAAGGUUUAUCAUUGAUGCAGGAAAUGAGAAGGCAGGGCCUAGAACCUAAGUUGGACACUUACAAAAGCUUAAUUUCGGCAUUUGGUAAGCAGAAGCUGUUGGAUCAAGCUGAGGAACUUUUUGAAGAGUUAAGGUCAAAUGGAUGUAAACUGGAUCGGUCCUUCUAUCAUACAAUGAUGAAAAUGUUUAGAAAUUCAGGAAACCAUGCCAAAGCUGAAAUGUUGUUCACCAUGAUGAAAGAGGCCGGAAUAGAACCCAACUUUGCCACAAUGCACUUGCUUAUGGUUUCUUAUGGCAGCUCUGGACAGCCUCAGGAAGCUGAAAAGGUGCUUGACAAUUUGAAAGUAACUGGCUUAGAUCUUGAUACGUUACCAUAUAGUUCAGUUAUUGGUGCUUAUCUGAAGAAUGGAGAUUAUAACAUUGGAAUUCGAAAGCUCAAUGAGAUGAAGGAAGUAGGCCUGGAGCCAGAUCAUAGAAUAUGGACUUGCUUUAUACGGGCUGCAAGUUUAUCCCAGCACAAAAGUGAAGCCAUUAUUCUCCUAAAUGCACUGCGUGAUGCCGGAUUUGAUCUUCCAAUCAGGCUUGUGACAGAAAAACCUGAGUCACUGAUUUUGGAAGUAGAUCGUUGCCUAGAAAAACUAGAACCCUUGGAAGACAAUGCAGCCUUCAACUUUGUCAAUGCUUUGGAGGACCUUUUGUGGGCAUAUGAACUCCGUGCCACUGCUUCAUGGGUUUUCCAAUUAGCAGUAAAGAGAGGCAUCUAUAACAAUGAUGUGUUCAGGGUAGCUGACAAAGACUGGGCUGCUGACUUUAGAAAGUUAUCAGCUGGUUCUGCUCUUGUUGGUCUUACUUUAUGGCUGGAUCAGAUGCAGGCAACCCUCUUU